GGCACCCAUCCCGGACCUGCGAGGCAGCCUUGUUGGCACACCGGUGGAAGUCCCCCAAGGGGCAACGCGAAGCACACAUAGGGAGCCACUUUCCAAAAAUGCAGAAAAAUGCAGCAGGAAGGAUAAGGCAAAGCAUAACAUAGCAAAGGAUAGCACAUCGUAGCAAAGCAAAAUAACGUAAAAUGAAGCGGGGCGCGCAACGGUGAAGCAGCGAAAGAACCCCCGCGGAGCCCCCACGACAGCGGCUACUCGCAGCAGAGGACGCACUACAACGGCUGUUCACAGCAGAGGACGCACUACAACGGAUGCUCGCCGCAGAUCCACCACUUCCCCGCAGCGCGAAGCACACAUAUGCACACACCGCCCCCCAUCGCGCACAGCGAAGCGAGACCGACAGCGCCGCAAAAUGAAGCAGCGAACGAAUGUGGCCCUGAAAAGGUGGUACGCAUCAGAAAGGACGAAGAAAGCGAACCCACUAAUCCUAAUUUCGAACAGCCACAACAUCCAUUUUAAUUUAUCCCUAGAAAAUUUUCUACUAAAUAAUUACAGCGAUUUGUUGAAACACUUAAAUGGGAACUCAAUUGAAAGGUAUGACGACCCUGUUUUGUUUUUAUGGAGAAACAACCGAUCGAUUAUAAUUGGAAAGAACCAAAACAUUUGGAGCGAAUGUAAUUUAGAAAAUAUAAAAGAAGAUAAUGUCCUAGUGGCUCGUAGAUUCACAGGUGGAGGAGCAGUCUACCAUGAUCUGCAAAAUCUUUGUUUCACUUUUUUAAAUAACUCUCUAAGUACGGAUGACAACUUCUCCAUCAUUUUAAAAACGUUAAAAAGGCACUUUGCCAUUGAGGCGAAAAGGCAGGGAAGAAACGACAUAACCGUGAAUGAUAGAAAAUGCUCAGGCUCUGCUUUUAAGAAAAUGAAAAAUGGGUUCCUGCACCACGGGACUAUAAUGGUUAACCUGGAAAAGGACGUUCUAAGUAGGUACUUAACUCCCGAUAAAAUAAAAUAUACAAAACAUGGCGUGUCUAGUGUAAACGCUCGGACCAUUAACUUGAAGGAGAUUAACCCGAAGAUCACUUGCCAGGAUUUAUGCUACGCGUUGAUUAAAGAAUUUCAAGCGUUUUACAAAAAUGGGGUUCCCAACGAGGGGGGAGAAGCGAGCUGCUCUGCUACGCUGAAGGUGGAAGACUACACAGGUGGGGAGAAGAUAGCCAAUCCACCUGAACAGGUCAGCUCAAACAGAAAUGCCAAUCUCAGCGAAGGGGAAAAGAGCGUGGCGAAUUUAAUCGACCACUCGUCCCCCAUUUUGAAACAUUUUAAUAUCCAUUACGUAGACACAAAUGAAAGCAUCACGAAAAAUCCAGAAUUUCUAAAAUACCUAAAUCUGCUGAAGGACUGGGAUUGGUGCUAUGGGAAAAGUCCCAAGUUUCAAAACCGACUUUGCAAACAAUUCCCUUUUGGAAAGUUCGAGGUUUUUUUUAAUGUAUCCGAUGGGAUGAUUAAAGAUGGAAAUGUUUUUUCGGACUGCCUGGACAUCAACUUAGUGGAGCAGUUGAAAUUUAUUUUUAACAACGACGUUAGGUAUUCCAAGGACAGCGUCGCUUCGUUUUUGCGCGGUUUGCAGGUGGAGAACGAGGGUUCCCUGAGGGAAGUGACCGACUGGAUUUUGCAGGAGCUUUGAUAGGGCCAUCUUCGCGGGGUGGUGUUGGAGAAGUUGUGUUAUCAGUGUGGUGCACUUCUGUGAGGCUUCUUCUUCCCCAUCGCGCAUCAUUACACUUCCGAACAGUACACAUGUGGUACUCUGCCGCCAGCAAAUCGCUCCCUCCAUUUUAAUCAACCGACGUGUAUUCAUCCCAACCAGUUUGACAUUAUGCUAUGCACUGCACCUCUCACCCACCCGAACGCUUGCGCGGAAGGGCGAGUUAC